GCGUGUCCUCGCUAUGAGGAAGGCUGCCAUCCUGAUGCAAUCUCGACCGGCCGGCUCGCUGGAGGUUUAUUGAAUAGUCGCCGUGAAGCUGUGAAUUCAGGUGGCUUUCUAGGUUACUCUGACACCCUAGCAUCGUGCUUUUCUUCCUUAGUUCCGUGCCUGGUGCUCUCUGUCAGGACAUACAUACCUCGCUUUUCGCCUGUGGUACCGUGACCUUUGUUCGAGAAGCUUGAAGGACCGGUCGGUAGAUGGGGAUUGACUACUACGACGUAUUGGAAGUCCAAAGGUCCGCGAGUGAUGACGACUUGAAGAAAGCGUAUCGGAAGCUUGCCAUGAAAUGGCACCCUGACAAGAAUCCGGACAACAAGAAAGCAGCCGAGGCUAAGUUCAAGCAGAUAUCGGAAGCGUACGAGGUGUUAAGUGAUCCCGAGAAACGACAAAUCUACGAUCAAUAUGGCGAGGAGGGUUUGAAGGGCCAGGCUGCGCCAGGAGGCGGUUCGUAUAGCAGUCAUGGCGGUCAUUCGCAUGGCAACUUCCGUUUUAACCCACGAAGCGCUGAGGACAUAUUCGCAGAGGUCUUCGGCGGAAAUAGUCCGUUUGGAGGGGCUUACGGCCCCGGAUUUGGUGGGAUGGGUGGCAUGGGUGGGAUGCCAAGCGGUCGCUUCAGUCGCAUGGGGAGCACCAACGGUAUGGGAGGGGGGAUGCAGUUUCAGGAAAUGUUCGGAGACCCUGGCAUGUACGGUGCUCAGGCUUCGUCCGCAUCGGCUGGUCCCAGGAAAUCGCCACCUCUGGAGAACAAGCUUCCGUGUACACUAGAGGAGCUGUACUCUGGGUCUUCACGAAAGAUGAAGAUCUCACGCAACGUCAUAGAUGCAAACGGGCGACCAAAAACGGUGGAGGAGAUCUUGACGAUUGAUGUGAAGCCAGGCUGGAAGAAGGGAACAAAGGUCACUUUCGUCGAAAAGGGUAAUGAGGAGCCUGGAAUGAUCCCAGCAGACAUAGCCUUUGUGAUUGACGAGAAACCUCAUGGCAGGUUCACACGGGAUGGGAACGACCUGAUCUACACAUGCAAAGUCCCACUUGUGGACGCUCUUACUGGCUACACGGCAUCCAUCACUACCCUUGAUGGCCGAAAACUUUCUUUCCAAGUGAAUGACAUCAUCAAGCCAGGGUUUGAAAAGGUGGUGGCUGGAGAGGGGAUGCCGACUAAAGGGACAAAGGGUAACAUGAGAGUCAAGUUUGAAGUGCAGUAUCCGUCCCGGUUGACAGCAGAGCAGAAGACAGCGAUCAGACAGGCUUUCGACAAAAGCUGACCCGCACGUGCAGGUUCUCUAUGCAGACAUCCAGUUAGUGUUCUCAACGCUUGUGCAUCCCCUCUGGGAUGAUUGGAGCAGCAUUGUCAGCCAACAACCAUUGGCGCAUUGUAGCCUGUCACUAGUCUAGGUGCACUGCGGUGCCCUGUGCAUGGCAGGUCACUGUAUUUGCUGUUCCAGUCUAAUGUGCAUAGCAAUUUUUGCAGGUAUCCUGUCAUUCACAGGUAUUCCCCAGCAUACUGAAUAGCAGUGAUUGUUGCGAAACAAUCAGGGCUUUGCCCAACAGAGUUGUGGC